AUGUCGUCGUUUGAUGCAAAUCUUAUUAUUGCAUUCCAGAAUGCUUUGUUACAAAUAAAUCGUUAUUUAGCUAUUUUUAUUUUUGUCUUUGGUUUCGUAGGCAAUAUUGCCAAUAUCUUGGUUCUAUCACAACGAUGUCUUCGUUCAAAUCCUUGUGCGCGUUUUUUUCUUUUUUCAUCUGCCGCCAAUAUUGUUGCUGUCUGUUCUGGUCUUAUUUCUCGCUUUUUAUCCACUUGGGCUAUGGAUCUUACAAAUACCAAUCCAUUUCUCUGUAAGCUUCGUGGUUUUCUGGUGUUCAGUUCAAUUACAUGUGGCUUUUGGCUCAUGGUAUUGGCUACUGUUGAUCGAUGGCUCUCAUCGAGCUCUGAUGCCAAUCGUCGACAAUACAGCACCUUACAAAAUGCACACCGUGGUAUGAUUAUCGUUGUAAUCUUGUCGGUGGCCAUUCAAGCACAUCAUCUCUAUUGCUUCGAAGCCAAUCUUACUAGUGGUCCACUGAAAUGCUAUACUGGAACACCAAUGUGUCGUCUUCUCUCUGAUCUAACAUUUGUAGUUGGGGCUCUUAUAUUUCCAUUGGUAGCCAUGAUCAUAUUUAGUUUAAUGACCAUAGUGAAUGUACGUCGAGCACAUAUUCGUGUGCAGAUGAUUGCUACAAAUCAAACAAGUCAUAUCAUUCCACAAAUUCCAAUCAUCACGACCGCACAAGAAAAUCAACGCAAAAGAACAGAUCGUCAACUAUUGAUAAUGCUUUUUGUUCAAGUGUUUCUCAUCGUUCUGUUCACGCUCCCAUUGGCCAUACAAAAAUUUUAUUCAACAACAACGGCCGAUAUACUCAAAUCACCAUUGCAAAAUACCAUUGAAACCUUUCUUUUCAAUCUCUUUUUGCUUCUCUAUUAUCUUGCUUGUGGAUUGCCGUUCUAUGUGAAUACAUUAAGUGGAGGAGUAAUAUUUCGAAAAGCUGUGAUUAGUUUGAUAAACAACGUAAAUCGAAAAAUUUUCUGUCGACGAGUAUAA